AUGGAAGGAGAGCUUGACAAAGGACAAGGAAAAUACGCAACAACUGAAUUCGGUUCUCUUGAAUGUAAUUUAUAUUCAGCUCCUGGGAAUUUAGCAGAACAUACCCAAAACUUGUUAAACUUAAUGCAAUCUGAUGACGAUAUGGAUGUCUUGACUGCAGUUAUGCAAUUAUCAAUGCAUCUAGCAGUAGCGCCUGAAGAAUCAUUUUCGUCAUUUCCGAUGGAGCAAACAAUAGCGACUCUUGUAGAAUGCCUGCAUCGGGAUCUUCCAGAUAUCAGUCUUUAUGCAAUUAUUUCACUCAAUCAUAUCAUGGAUACUGUGACUAAUUCUAUUGCAAUGAUGGCAAAUGCUGGAGGAGUGGCUGCUUUGUCAAUGAAAUUGAUGAGCUUUGAGUACAUUGAUAUGGCUGAGCAUGCAAUUAAAGCGUUAGAAAGGCUAUCUUAUGACAACUCAACGUCAGUGCUGAAAGAAGGGGCGUUUUCAGCGAUGAUUAAUAUGAUGGAUUUUUUUGAGCAAGAAACUCAAAAAAGGAUUCUUUCUAUUGCAGGAAUUAUUGCAAGAGCGGUGGCAAGUGAAGAAUUAAUGACUGAAUACAUUUUGCCUGUCGUCCCAGUAAUUUCAACAUUACUUCAAUACAAAGGAAAUCCAUAUUUUCCUAUGAACCAGCUUGGCUUGCAUUUCUUUUCAGGAAUCUCAGAAAGCAUUAUUCGGCUUUCUGGAGGCGAUCCUGAAGUGAUAAAAAGAUUUGCUGAAAUCUAUAGUGAUAACGGUGUAUUUCAAAAUUUAUUAGAAUUAUUGCCAAAUGCUACAGGAUUUCAAAGUCGUGUUUUGAAAUUAAUUAUACCUAUUUCCAGCGAUAUUUUCUAUAAUAAAAUAUGCUAAAAUAUAUAGUCUUUAAUUCAUUGCAACCCAUUAUAGAUUUUUCUGUGAUUCCUCCCCAAAUUUAGUAUUAAUGUUCCACAACUACGGCGGUGUCAGCAUGAUAAAAGAAGCUCUUGACAUAGGAGAAAAAGAAAACGAUGAAGGACUCAGAAGCUACUCAAUGGAAGCCUUAGCACUUGUAGACGUUUUAAUCCCUAUAAAAGAAAGCCAAGACCCUCUAGACUUAGAACUCGUCAAUAUGUAUAUGAAUAAUCCCGAAUUCAUGAGAUCUCUUGGAGAAGUUGUAAUGCCAAGAAUCCUCACAAUUUACGAAAGAAUCACAAACCGAAACAAUGGCCACCUAAUUCUUCACGUCAUGGGGAAAAUUCUCGCCCUUUCCGACCAUGAUUUUGUUGAGACUUAUGUAACACCUGUCCAAUUUUCCACAUUUAUUUCAGAAAUUUUGUCCUGUAAAGACUCAGAAGCCAUUAAAAGCGUCUUAAGCAUCGUGGUCGUUUUAUAUAACAAAAUCCCUCAGCAAGUCGCUGAAAACUUCGUCCGAGAAGGCGUAAUUUCAAAAAUCAGAGCUCUUCAAAUAGAAGACGCUUUAAAAGACUUAAAAUACCCUGUACAAGUAUUCCAAGAAAUCUUAGCCACAACGCCGUCUACGAAUUUAAGGCAAGCUUUAUUGAGAUCUGGGAUGUCAAGGGAUCCCAAAGUCCUCGAACAAAUUUUGGCAGAGAUUAAAAAAACCCAUAGGACGAAAAAAAGAUCGGCCACAAUUGAUGCACAGUCUGAGCCAGAUGAGCCCCUUUUGAGGAGAAAAAUGACAGAGCCUGAUGUACCUGAUACUGUAAAGGAGGCUGCAAAAGAAAUUUUGUGCCUGACUCAUGAGGCUUUAACUAAACAUUCUGUAUUUGACAAUCCUGAUUAUCAAAGUGUGCUGGCAGAGCUGAAAGAUCUAGGUAGAGAUUUAGAAACAGUUGAAGGGGAGUCAGGAAAACAGUUUUUAGGCCGCUUUAUUGACUUGCUUAAUAGUGAUAAAGGGAUAAGCCUGCAUGAGCUGGACCAGUCAAACUUCUUAGACUCUUUGUGGAAGUUUUUGUCCCCAAAUUAAAUAAAUUAAAGUAAGCCGGGAUUUCCACCCUUAUAUGCUCAUCGUCCCUGAGGGACCAGGUAGAUACCCUUACUCGCCGCCGUAGGCAAGGGACUCGCACGACCGAUCUUGACUUUCAUGACUCCUGGAAUCUAUAUGCCCAUCACCUGGGUUGAAACUAACAAUUCUCAUUAGGCAGAUGCCACCUCUUGAGCCCCUGUUCGAGGGAUUUAUCAUCAUCUCAGGCUCUUGCUGAUCCUGCCCUUUCCAAUGAUAGUCUCGGAGUCAAAAACUCAGAGUCCCAAGGAUCAGAUCCUUAGGGCCCGAAAAAAAAAACUAGCCCGAUAUUUACAAAGGAUUUAUAGCCUCUUCUGCCCUUCCCCUCCACACUGGGCUGUUGCCUGCUGGUGUUGAAGUUAAAGUGUCAGGAGGUCAGGUGGUCUGUCAUCAUUUUUAAGUAUACUUGUCCCCAAAUAAAAGCUCGUUAACCAUUUUGCAUCGAAUCCACGAAUUUUUGGUCACAAUUAUGAAAAAUAAUCAAAAAGGCGAAAAUAAUUUAACUAGACUUAUCUCGCUGUUGCUGAGAUUUAUUAGAUAUACUCAGCAGUUCCCUACAAUAAUUUAUGAAGCCAAUGGGGCAUCAAGCUCGUUUACUGCUAUGCGGACUUUAAGUAAUAGAGCAAGGGUUACACUUGUAUAUGACGCUGAAAGAUAUGAGCAGCUUUCUUCAGAAUCUAAAUUUGAAUUAGAAGCCAAACAUCAAUUAUUUUUAAAUAUCGGACAGUUAGCUUUAUCCUUACUCCCCCCCCCUCCGUGAGCGAACAAAACCAUUAGAAAAAUCGCCAUUUUUUGACCAAAAACCCCACCCUCCGUGAGUGAACAAAAAUUUUUUUAAUAGAAAAAAAUUUUUAAUGGAAAAAAAUUUGGAUAUAUAAGUGAUAAUUAGUAUAAUGAAAUCUAGAGCUAUUCUGUUUAAUUUUAAACAAAAUUGCGUUUUAAAACAUAAAUUUUGCAAAUUAAAUUAAUAUUUGCUUCCCAAUUUUGCAAAUUAGGAUUUUUUUAAAUUUCGAAAAAAAUAUUUUUUAUAAAAUUUAUAUAUAAAUUUUUUUUAAAAAAAAAAAAUUAACCCCCCUCCGUGAGCGAACAAAAUUUUUUUGUUCGCUCACGGAGGGGGGGGGGAGUUAGAGCAAUACCAUUCGUUAGAAACUAUAAGUGAAGCUUUACUAAAAGUAAAAAGCCAGCAGAAUUUAAAUUUAUUUUUGGCUUCAUUUGAAAGGACGAGUGCAGAAAUGAGAGGAAUUAACCAAGGGCAGUUAAAUAUGACUAAGCAGCAUUUAAGAAUGCAGCAGUUAUUAAGUGGUAGAUAUAAUAAGUAUGAUAUAAAUUACAGUAAAUUGCUCCUAUCAUUAAUAAAUAAUUUUUUUAACUCUGGCUAGCCGAAAAAAUGGUUUCCUGGACUAGAAAAUGUUUUUUAUAUAGUCAAAAAAUUUAUUCAACACUUUUUCAUCACACCCAUUAUUAAGCGAGUCAAUGGAUUUAACAGCGACACUGGAAGAAAUGGGAAUUAGAAGUGAAGGAAAUGAGCAAUUAAUUAAAGAAAUUCAAGGACAAAAAGUCCAACAGUUUUUAGAUGGACUUCAAGCAGAAGAAAAUAAAGGAGAAGAAGAUCAAGAACAGGACCAAGAUCAAGAUCAAGACCCAGAGGCACAAAAUAUACAGCCAAUUGAAGCGAUGACCAUUUCUCAUAGAAAAGAAAGUGUUUUAGACCCUAAAAAAAUGAGAGUGGUGAUGAGAGUUGGAGAUUCUGAAGUGAAUAAGAGAACAACUCUCUAUGAAAUAAAUUCAAAAUACGUUAAUGAAAAUGAAGGGAUUGUUAUCAAGUUCAGCUUUGAUACAAUGAACGACCAAAAUGAAGAGGAAUCAACAUAUUUAUUAUCUUAAUCUUAAUGAAAGGCUUCUGCUUAUUUGUAAUGCAGCCACCAAGGACUCUCAUGGAUUCAUCCGCUUUGUGACUUUACGACACUGCCGGUCAAAGCUGGGUCGGUUGAGAUUAAUUCCCAGCAAGAAAAAUAUCGACACCAUUUUUCUCCUCUUCAGCCCCUGACGCCAUUGGAUAUCCGAAGCCUUCGCACUUCCUCCUCGCCUUGCAACUCUAGUAUAAAAGGGCAGACAAUGGCAAAACCUUGCCAGAUAUAAUUAUUAUGUGCUGGAGGCUUUAUGGCCAGGAAGGUCAUACCCAAACCUACUCCAUAUAAUUAUCAACAUAUUUAUCAUCAAGUACAAAUAUUCUUGAUGAAAUUAUUAAUUCAGCAAUCAACAUCCAAUCUGACAAAGACGAAAAAGUAUAUGCUCCAUUAAAACUGCUUAAAUUUUUGCAUACCCUAAGCUCAAAAAUCCAUCAGCUUCUCUCCCCAAGCUCUCCACUGUUUUAUUUCCCCAUAGACCCUAUCUCCUUCACACAAUUUUCCCACAACAUUUUCAUUAGCCACAAACUUUCAGCUAUUUUGGCCCGACAAGUCUCAGACGUCUUAGCAAUGGCUGGCGGCACCGCUCCUGACUGGGUAAAAAACUUGCCAAAAAAGGCUACAUUUUUGUUUAAUUUCUUACAAAGAUAUGACUUAUUCAGAGCUAUAGGGUUCGGAGGUGGAAGGUCAUUAUAUUUUUAUUCAAAUAGAGGAAAGAACUUUACAGUAAGAAUGCUCAGGCAAAAAGCUAUGAUUCCUAGAGACCAAAUUAUUGAGGCUGGGAUGAGGGUUUUGAGUGAUUCAGCUUUAUUGAAGUUCGGGAUGCUUGAAUUUGACUUCAGUGGAGAAGAAGGGACAGGAAUUGGCCCGACGCUUGAGUUCUAUGCUUUAGCAAGCAAAGAACUGAGGAAACUUGAUAUCUGGAGAAACACUGGGGAGGAAUGCGGACUAUUUCCAGCGCCUUUGCAGUCACAAAAUCUGGUAAGAAUUUCUGAAACUUUUUACUUUAUUGGGAAAUUAUUUUCGGGGUAAUUAAGUUUGAUAUAGAAUUAAUAAGAUAAUUUCCUUUAUAGAAAUGGGAAACAAUAUAAGCAUAAUAUAUAGGAAUUGCAUUGAGUGUAGUUAAAUAUAGUUGCAAAAGCUUUAUAUGAUGAUCGAUUAAUCGACUUGCCGAUUUCAGCUGUUUUUUGGAAGCUUGUCAUGAAAAAGCCGCUAACUUUGAUUGAUCUUUUACAAGUAGACCCUGGAGUUGGCCGCUAUAUGCUGCAACUUCAAGAAAUCGUGAAUAAAUGGAAAUGGGCUCAGCAUGAAUGCUCAGAUUCUGACUAUCAAAAAGGCCAAAUGAAAGAAAUCACAUUAAAUGGGACGCCAAUUGAAGAGCUUUAUUUGUCUUUUACCUUGCCUGGAUAUGAUGAUAUUGAAUUAAAGCCUCAUGGAAAAGAUAAAAUUGUUACUUUAGAUACUUUAGAAGAAUAUAUAAACUAUAAAGUCUUAAUUUUACUGGUAUUUUUGUAUAGAAAUUUCGUAAUUAAUUACAAAUAAACACGGAAAAUAAAAAAAUUAUAGGUAAAUUGAUUAAAAAUAGCAUAAAUUUUAGUUGCCCAUUAUACAUUAAUGCAAAGCUAUCAAGCUCAAGCAUUCAGAAAAGGCUUAGAAAAACUAAUCCCAGUUGAAGCUCUCGAAGUUUUUGAGCCUGAGGAACUAGAAAACGUCAUCUGUGGCAAAGGAAAUGAGUCCUGGGACAUAUCAGUUCUAGAAGAAGCUAUUGUGACUGCUCACGGCUAUGAUAAGAAGUCAAAGGUUUACCAAAAUUUACUAUCCCAUAAACUCUUAAUAAAUCUAUAAAGCAUUAUUAUAAAUUAUCCUCAAAAAAAUUCCCCGCUGCCCUUAUUCAUAAAAAUCCCUAUAAAAAUCAUGACUUCCCUCGAUAUGAACGAAAGAAGACUUUUCUUGCAAUUUGUAACAGGGUGUCCAAGGCUCCCUAUUGGAGGGUUUAAAGCGUUACACCCUCCACUUACUGUGGUCAGAAAAGAUCCCACAGUCCCUGGAACCAACCCUGACGAUGUCUUACCAAGCGUUAUGACAUGUCAAAAUUAUUUGAAAAUCCCUGAGUACUCUUCUUAUGAAGUUUUCAAUAAUCAACUUAGAUACGCGCUAAAAGAAGGCCACGAAGCAUUCCAUCUAUCUUAA